UGACAAAUGCACAUUUUUGUGUUCUUUUUGUAUGUAGGUGCAGACACACCUGGAGAACCCAACUAAAUACCACAUCCAGCAAACUCAGAGGCAACAGGUGAGGCAAUACCUAUCCCCCAGCCUGGGGGGUAAAGCUGGCAGCCAGGCCAGCAGCUUCCAGUGCCCCAGCCAGCCCCCGGACCACGGGAUGCCCCCCGGCCCAGGCAGCAGUGCCCCCAACAGCCCCAUGGCCUUGCUGACCCUCAGUUCCAACUGUGAGAAAGAGAUGGAUGAUGUAAUUGACGACAUCAUUAGCUUGGAAUCAACUUACAAUGAGGAUAUUCUUGGACUUAUGGACCCUGGACUCCAGAUUUCAAAUACGUUACCUGUUUCUGGCAGCCUCUUGGACAUGUAUGGAAACCCAACGCUUCCACCUCCUGGUCUUGCCAUCAGCAAUUCCUGCCCCUCCAGUCUACCCAAUAUCAAAAGGGAAUUCUCAGUUACUUCAGCUCCGGGCAUGAUGCACAUACUGGACAAGCCUGGAUCCUGUGGCCAGUUUGAAAACUAUCAAAGGCCAGACGGCUUUCCAGUAGAAUCUGAGGUACGUGCCCUUGCUAAAGAGAGACAAAAGAAGGACAACCACAAUCUAAUUGAACGAAGGCGGAGGUUCAAUAUCAAUGAUCGCAUAAAAGAACUGGGUACUCUGAUUCCAAAGUCUAAUGACCCGGACAUGCGCUGGAAUAAGGGGACCAUUCUGAAGGCCUCUGUGGACUAUAUCAGGAAGUUACAGCGGGAGCAGCAACGGACAAAGGAGCUAGAAUGCAGACAGAGGAGACUGGAGCAUUCUAACAGACAUUUGAUGCUACGCAUACAGGAGUUGGAGAUGCAGGCGAGGGCUCAUGGUCUUGUUGUGGUGGCAUCCUCCUCCCUCUGCUCCUCAGAGCUGAUGGCACGAGCCAUCAAACAGGAGCCCAUCCUGGGUGACUGUCCCUCAGACCUCUACCAGCAGCCCUCAGGGCCUGACAUGUCUCCUCCCACCACACUGGACCUCAACAAUGGCACUAUCAGCUUCAACGAGAGCCCUACUGAUGUCGGAGACCUGGGGCCCUACGGCAAGGCCACCAAAAUGAAGGACCUUAUGAGGGACAACUGCCAGACUCCCCUUAGCCCCAGCGACCCCCUUCUGUCCUCAGUGUCCCCAGAUGGCUCCAACAGUAACAGCCGGCGCAGCAGCAGCUCCAGCAUGGACGAGAAUGAGCAUGGUUGUUAGCACUGACCACAUCCUCAGACCAUGCUGAUAUUUUGUACCGUAGCAUUCCCAUUACUGGGGCUUCUGGGCCUGCUCCCAACCAGCACCAGAGGCUGUCUGUAACACUAAAAGGAUGAAGACAGACAUUCCUCUGUUUGCUUGCAACAAACCAAUUAAUUCUAAAAGCAUUAAAAAGAAUGGGACAUGUUUUUUAACAGCUCUGUAUUUCGUUAAGGCAGAAUCAUGUCCCCAGUUUUGCCCUUUUCUGUUGUUGUACAUUGUAAUGCUAUGAUGUGAUAUAAUUGAAGAUAAGCUCUGUAUGUUAGCAGUGACAGUUUGAUUUCAAUAUUUUACCAUCUGAGUGUUUCUUUCAUAUUCUUACAGUCAUCUGACUUUUGCUGCAGGACGCUCUACCCGAGCUACAAACCUGUCAACCUGCUCUAGGGCCAAUAUACAGGCAUGUUCAUCUUCAUGUUUAGAUUAUUGUUGUAAACACUCCAUAACAUUUUUGCCAUGAAUCUUCAACAUCAAGUGUUGAUUUUAUCUACAGUACAUUAAUGAUCUAAAUUAUUUUACAUUUCACACUCCAUACAAAUCUCAAUGUUGGACUGUUAUGGUCAGCCAGUCAUGGUCAUGCGGAUGAAAUGAGAAGGUUCAGCAUUAGGGUUGAAGUUCAGAUCCCCUCCCCCGUUUCUUCGAAACAAAUUUCAUAGAGUAAACUGUACCUAACUACACUAAAUAAAAAUCUGCAUUUCUGUAAUUGCCUGCAAAGCACACCUUCAAAAUUGAGUUAUCCUCAUGUGCUAAGGCCUUUGUACUAAACCUAUGUAUUGGUCAUAUGUGAGUACAUUGUUAUAAUUACUGAGCAAUGUAAUAUGUUUUGGUUUGCAACUUUAUUCACUUAAUCAACCAGACAUGGACACCUGCAGUAUUGCUCCCCUACAAUCUGUGUUCCAGAUAAGACUAUUAUGCCUAUUAUGCCCUGCUUGUGUCUCCAGGCACUGGAGAUACACGUUCAUUUCUGGAUCUACAUAAUAUUAAUAGGGGAUGAUCUGCAGUCCCAUUUGAUAAACUGAUCCCACAUAGAGUAAAAUGCAUGAGAAGGCACAUAUGUAUCUUCAGGAUAUAAUAGGAAUGAUGAUUAUUUUAUUUGAGAUUAAAUGAUCAUAGGAUGAAUCCAAAAAGUGCCUUUGAUUUCAGUCAUUGAAAUGUAAACUGUAAA